CAUGAUUCAAAUACGAGACGGGUCGAACCUUUGAUUUCAUGAUUAAAAUUCAAGAUGUUCAACCACCAAUCUAGUAAGAACUAACCCAUUGGUUAAGUUUUUUCUUUUGAAAUUGAUCACUCAAGUAAGAGAAAAAUGUACUCACAUACAAAUAUUGAAAAUAAUUAAAACGCUAUCACAAAACAAAGACGAACGAGGACAAAAAAUAGUGUAUAAGGGGCUACCAAAUUGGUUCAAGAAUCAUUUGGGCUUCUCGCAAAAGCCCAAUUUUCAAAGUGCAUUGAGCCCGCCAUUUCUCUCUCUACCUUUCUCUGUCAGCCACCAUCUCUCUCUACACUCAUUCGACCAACCAAAAUCCAGCUUUUCCUCCGCGCCUCCAUAAACCCCAGUUUCGCCCAAAUUUUUUUGAAUCGGAACUUCCAUCGGCAGCGGCAAAAGGAGCUUACACAGAAUUCAAACUUUACAUAAACAAAUAAACAAACAAAGAAAAGCCCAUUCCUUUUUCUUUCCAUUCAGUCACUUUUCCAAUUUUCCCUCUUGCCCUGUCUCGCUCUCUCUUCAGCCUUCUCCGUCGCUUCCCUUCCCUCCCUAAUUCCAUCCACUAAUCUCAAAGCUCUGACCUUUUGCCAUCCCCUGUUCGUGAAUGGCGUCUCGCUACAACUCCUACGAUUCCACCCGCUCUUCCGCCUCUUCAUUCACUUCCUCAGCUGAAUUCAACCCUUCUUCCGUCACUCCUUCCUCCUCAUCCAGAGCUCUGGUCAAAUCCAAGCCGUCCGACCUCUCCCAGUUGAAAUCCAAUCCCAACAAAUCCAAGCCCAAUGGCACCCACCACAAUUUUACAGCAAUGGUCAAGAAGUUCAUGGAGAAGAAGACCACUUUAGCGUCGUCGUCGUCGAAGAAGAAGAAUGCAAUUGGUGGGUUGGUGAUUCCGGCGGAUUUGAUAGCGGAGGACUUGAAGAGGACGACGCCGGCGGCAAAGAGAGGGGCCGGGCUAGUGGGUUUGCAGAGGAAGCUGUUUGGGAAGGAGAAGGGUGGUAUCAAGAAGGAAGUGAAGGCUUUGACUGAGGUGAAAGGGAGUGGCAAUGUUGGCAAUACGAGGACUUUGGCGAUGGUUUUGAGGAGCGAGAGGGAGCUCUUGGGUGCUAAUAAGGAGAUGGAGGAAGAGAUUGGUCAGCUCAAGUCGAUGCUUGAGACCAGAAACAGAGAGGUGGAGAAGUUGAAGGACUUGUGCUUGAAGCAGAGAGAAGAGAUCAAGUCAUUGAAGAACGCGGUACUAUUUCCCGAUCUGUCGAAUUCUGAGCUUCAAGAUAUCCUUGAACAGCAAGGAUCAGAGUUGAAGCAAGCCAAAACCCUCAUCCCAAAUCUCCAGAGGCAGGUCACUUCCCUCACAGGCCAGUUACAGUGCCUUGCCGAGGGUCUAGCUGAGGUGAAGGCUGAGAAAUAUGGGAGAGCUCGUUGGAGCAACUCUCCGAAGACGCCAACAUUCGAUUGUGAAGCAUCUGCAAAUUCUCUAGACUUCAGUUCUUGCGGUGCUACGAUUCCAGGCAGCCCCGAUGAUGAUAUGUUUGUUCAGGAUCUAAAUCCUUGUUUGACACCUUAUGUUGCCAAGGCAAAUUCCAAGGAAUUCGAUGCGAUGGGGUAUGAUUGCUCUUCUUCGUAUGAAGAACACUUGCCAGAGACCACAAUGCAGUUCUCAGAUGAGCCUACUUUCAGUUCCAGUCUCAGGAAGCUGUCUAGAAGCUCUGACCGGUACAAGAGCCCCAAUGUAGCAGCAGCAGCUGCCAGAGCUGCUAGAAGAUCAGACGAAAGCAAAUCCAAAUAUGGGAAGCGACAACUGCACCAAUGAGCUUUCUGAUCAUCUUUGUUUGCCUGUUACCGAUCUUGCUUUUUGUUCUUUUUUUGCAACACCCUUGGUUUCUUAGAACUGGGAGGUCCAUAACCAGUACCUACUAGCUGCUGUUGUUGUACAUGGACUCUGAAAAGAUUUCAUCUUUGUCCACAUAAAUGAAGCAAUUUCAAGUAU